GGAGAGAAAACUCCAGCAGAUAUUGAGUGCUAUAAAAGUGCCUACAUCCAGCAGGCAGACUUAACGCCUUGUGGGAACAAAUGAGCAACAGAAGUGGAAAGAGCAACUGCAAUUCUUUCGAAAUACCCAGGAGCCAGGAGACUAUGGACAGCCUAAAACAAACUACGGAGAUUCUGCUGUGUUUGUCACCUGUUGAAGUUGACAGUCUCAAGGAAGGAAUCAAUUUUUUUCGAAAUAAGAGCACUGGCAAAGACUACAUCUUAUACAAGAAUAAGAAGCACCUGAAGGCAUGCAAGAAUUUGUGCAAGCACCAAGGAGGCCUGUUCAUCAAAGACAUUGAGGAUCUAGAUGGAAGAUCUGUUAAAUGCACAAAGCAUAAUUGGAAGUUAGAUGUGAGCACCAUGAAAUACAUCAAUCCUCCAGGGAGCUUCUGUCAGGACGAACUGGUUGUUGAGAUGGAUGAAAACAAUGGACUUGUACUUAUAGAACUGAAUCCUCCUAAUCCCUGGGAUUCAGAUCCCAGGUCUCCUGAAGAUUUGGCUUUUGGGGAAGUGCAGAUAACAUAUCUUACUCAUGCCUGCAUGGACCUCAAGUUGGGAGACAAGAGGAUGGUAUUUGACCCUUGGUUAAUUGGUCCUGCAUUUGCCCGAGGAUGGUGGUUGCUACAUGAACCUCCAUCUGAUUGGUUGGAGAGGUUGUGCAAAGCAGACCUAAUUUACAUCAGUCACAUGCACUCAGAUCACCUGAGUUAUCCCACACUGAAGAAACUUUCUGCAAGAAGACCAGAUAUUCCCAUUUAUGUUGGUGACACAGAAAGACCUGUGUUUUGGAAUCUGGAUCAGAGCGGUGUCCAGUUAACUAAUAUCAAUGUCAUGCCAUUUGGAGUAUGGCAGCAGGUAGACAAAAAUCUUCGAUUCAUGAUCUUGAUGGAUGGCGUUCAUCCUGAGAUGGACACUUGCAUUAUUGUGGAGUACAAAGGUCAUAAAAUACUCAAUACAGUAGACUGCACCAGACCCAAUGGAGGAAGACUGCCUGAGAAAGUUGCUCUAAUGAUGAGUGAUUUUGCAGGAGGAGCAUCAGGCUUUCCAAUGACUUUCAGUGGUGGAAAAUUUACUGAGGAAUGGAAAGCCCAGUUCAUUAAAACAGAAAGGAAGAAGCUCCUGAACUACAAGGCUCAGCUGGUGAAGGACCUGCAACCCCGAAUUUAUUGUCCCUUUGCUGGGUAUUUUGUGGAGUCCCACCCAUCAGACAAGUAUAUUAAGGAAACAAACAUAAAAAAUGACCCAAUUCAACUCAACAAUCUUAUCAAGAAAAACUCUGAUGUGGUAACUUGGACCCCACGACCUGGAGCUACCCUUGACCUGGGCAGGAUGCUAAAGGAUCCAACAGACAGCAAAGGCAUCAUAGAGCCUCCAGAAGGAACUAAAAUUUACAAAGAUUCCUGGGACUUUGAACCAUAUCUGAACACUUUGAAUGCUGCUAUAGGGGAUGAAAUCUUUCUUCACUCAUCCUGGAUAAAAGAAUAUUUCACUUGGGCUGGAUUUAAGAAUUACAACCUGGUGGUCAGGAUGAUUGAAACAGAUGAGGACUUCAACCCUUU